AUGUCCCCUUCGCGGUCCUACGGCCGCCCAUACGUCCCACCCACGGCGGCGCCUGGCAACCCGUUCGUCACCGCCGACUGCUCGUUUGUGCGGCCCGCUUCUCAGGCUACGCACGACUAUGCGCACAGCGAUGGGCCCGUUGCCAGAUGCAGAGGAGCGCUUCCGAGCCACGCGAGCCUCGACAUAUUCGGUGCGCCGGGGACGUCUACUCUGCCCGGUGACGCCGUGCCCUCGUUCCCCCAUCCCUUUUCAUCAGCGAUGGAAUCUCCGUCCGAGGCUUCUGCUCCUCCCUACGCGGGUUCAUUCGGACCGGACCACCCCCAUCCUCUCCCUCCCGCCUCAUCCGUGCCGGCGCCGCCGCUCGCGCCCGCUUCAGGGCCCAUCCGUACCACGCGCAGGGCCGGGUCAAGAGGGGGCAGGCCCACCAAGAAGCCCGUCCAAAAGCGCGUAACCAAGCCCACGAAGCUCACGGGCAUCAUCCCGCGCCCGCCGACCCCUCAGGCCACCCCCAACGCCGCCGGCGAGCUCGUCCUCGUGUGCCCUGUGGGGCAGCAAUACUGCGACUUCGUGCAGGCGAAGGCGGAUCGGCUGGUCGACAUGCGGCGCCAUAUGAACGCCCACUUCCCCGCUGCUCCGGGCAAAAAGGACUUCUUCUGCAACGGCCGUCCGGUCGAAGAUUUUUCCCAGAAGAUAUUUGAGGCGCUGCCGAAGAACCUGAGGGAGAUUCGCACCGAGGGGGACGUCGACCUCGUGGGUGGAUGCGGGAAGGGGUUCGCCAGGCUGGACACUCUCCAAAGGCACCUGAAUGAGUCGUGCACGUGUGAGUCGAAGGUGUACUGUGCGCUUGUGGAUCUCGAGGACGGCACCAUCUGA